AGUGCUGGUAAACCGGUUCGACGACUAGAGUCCCUGUUAGGACAGUGGCACACAGUCCAAAAUAGAAACGAGGAAUGGUAUUCUAUUGUAAAACGAGGCGAGAUAUACCAGAAGGAAUAUCAAGAGCAGGCACAUGCAAGGUGUGGUGGCAAGGGAACGGGUAGCGUAGUGGCUGCUCCACGGGAUCACAUCAGUCUACCAAGUCUCACAACAAAAUUAGUCUUGCUGUCCAAACUAAGGAGUAAGAAGCUACUAACUGACAGCCAUUAGGAUGGGCUGGUCCCCACCACACCAGGGGCCAUUGAUCGCACUGUUGCUGCUAGCAGCAGUUCUUCCCCUUGUUCUGGCAGCAGGUCUAUGUGGUGAAACAAACCUGCCAGUAAGCAUUCCUGAGUACCCCUUCAUCAGCUACACUGAUCGUCCCAAAAUCUCUAACACUGAGCAGUCCAAUUACAGAGCUCUCCUUGUCCCAACUGACAGAAGUGACCUCAUACUGACUGUUGGCUAUGACACAAAUAACCCUGGAGACAUCCCCCCAAAUGUGACCGAUGUGACCUACUAUCCAGCAUUUGGCAGCAACCCAGCUGGCUGGUACCUGUCCAUGCUUGUUGGUCUUGAUCGUGAUGGAACCCCUUCACCUGAUGAUGAUCGCAACACACUGCAGUUUCAGCUGAAAUGUGAGGAUCCAAAUGAUGAUAAAGCGUUAAGCUACCAUGUUCUCCAGAUUCAGCUUGAAGAUAGAAAUGACAACCCCCCGACUUUCCAGAAUAUUCCCUAUUCCAUUACCAUCAGUGAGCUGACUCCAGUGGGUGUGACUGUGUUCAGCACCAUCUCAACUGUUGAUUCAGACAAGGGAAACAAUCGCCUUGUUCGGUAUCAGAUUAAUACAGCUGCCAACUCUCUGUUCAGUGGUACAGAGAUAUUCACACUAGCAUCAGCAGACAGUCCCUUUGUAGUUCUCAAAAAUCCCCUGGACUAUGAGGCCAUGGUUGCCAGGGUGACAAAUCCUGCAGACGCUGUCUACAGACUGAACAUAACAGCUACAGACAAGCCAAACAACCCAGUUGAAGCCCUAUCAUCUUGGACACUGCUGACACUCAACAUUACAGAUGGGGAUGACCUAGGGCCACAGUUUGUGUACCCAUCUUGCUUCACCUUCUCCAACAAGUCUUGCAUCCGCGCCAAGUAUGAUGCUACUAUCCAGUCAGGACUAACUGGUCUCAUCCAGAAUAUCCUUCCUGUACCAAGAUAUAUCAACAAUCCCACACAGAAUGUAGUCAUCAAGGCACGUGAUGGUGAUGCUCUUAACGCAGCCAUCCAGUGUUACAUCACUGACACAAAUCCCCCUGGGUAUCAGAACAAUUUUAGGGUUACUACUUCUCAGCUGGGCUCCACCAAUGAGUAUCAAUGUAACAUUGAGGUGAUAUCACCCUUCCAGCAUUCUGUUGUUCCCUCCUGGAAGUUUUAUUGGUGGCAGAGGAACAGACAUACAAUCGUUACAUCAAUGUGGCUUACAUAACCCUGACAGUGGCACCAAGCAACCUGUACAGCCCAGAGCUGUCAACAAACUCCGGUGCCUUUGUAGGGUAUAUCUUGGAGAAUUCAGUCAACAUGACACAGGUGAAAACAACUCCAACCCUAGGAAUUCCACUGCGUUUUGUUGUCAGUGACCGUGAUUUGCUUUCCAGUGAUCCAGUUACACGUUAUGACAUUGUGUUCAGCCCAGCCCAGCAGUUUGGGGUUGAUGAUAACUAUAAUGUGGUGCUUCAGGAGCCCCCUUUAGACUAUGAGUCCAGAAAUGUGUACAACUAUAUUGUAACAGUGCGUGAAACAGACACAACUGAGCGAAGAUCAAGCACUGUUACCUUGACAGUCAGUGUUCUGGAUGUGAAUGACAAUGACCCCACUGUUCCCUCCAGUUUACUAAAUGUGACAGUACGAGAGGGCGACUACAGCAGUGGAGGCCAAGUUCUG